ACCUCAACCAGUGUGAUGAGAAGGAGAUGUCACUCAUACACCACAUCUUCGGCGGAACUCAUAAGUGUGACGUGGCCACAACACAGUGUGUGCCAGUGAGUGGUCUAGGAUUCCGACGAGGUGGAUACAAGUGUCAGUGUCACCCUACACACUAUUUGCCCAACGCCACGCAGCAGUUCUUCAGUGGAGAGGAGGUAGAGCUCGCUUAUUCCAAGGAACAUCGGGUGGAUAGUUUUAGAUGCGUCCCCUGCCCCCCAGGAUGCUCCGAAUGCUCCGCGACGCUCGUGUGUUCCGUGAGGUACGACGCCAUGAUGCGGCUGGUCCCCGUGUGCGUGGAGGCUGCGUGCGUGUUCAUCUGUCUCGUUCUCGGUUUUGUUGUCUUCAAGUUGAGGAAGUGCAAGGUAAUCGCAGCUUCGUUAUGGACGAUGCUGGAAAUGGUGCUCCUCGGGGCGGUGGUCCUCUACUCGACGAUUUUCCUGCGCUACGUGGAGCCCACUGUGCUGCUGUGCAUGGUGGAGCCCUGGUUCAGGGAGAUGGGCUUCGCUCUCUUCUACGGGGCCAUCGUGCUCAAGCUCUAUAGGAGCCUCGUCGACUACCGGACCAGGAAAGCUCAUCGCUACGUUAUCCGGGACAGGGACCUCCUCAAAUACCUGGCAGGACUCGUGGUUUUCGUAACAGGUUACCUAGCUGCCUGGUCCGCUCUCACGGCCCACCUGGCCACGGAGGGCCACUCCCCGCUGGCCCUUGGACGGACGAAUGAGGGACUGGCCUUCACCGUGUGUAAAAGCAUGUGGUGGGAGUAUGUGACGGAGGCAGGCGAACUUCUCUUCAUCCUAUUCGGCCUCUACCUGGCCUGGCACCUGACGAAGGCGGCAAAGGACUCGGGCGAACCCAGCGAACUCUCCGAACGCCGAGCUCUCUCCGCUUCCCUGGUCCUGGAGCUCCUCGCCUCCACUGUCCUGUACACGGGGCGUCACCUGCUGUGGCUCCAAGCUCACCCUGACCACGUGUUCCUCGCCUACUUCGCGCGUACGCACCUCACCGUCACCAUCUCGCUCUUGCUGAUUCUGACGCCGAAGCUGUGGUGCGCCGGGGGAAGCGGUGGCCGAGAUCGCCUCCCGAGGACGUACUCCUCGACGGAGGGCGGAGAGCCACGCUUCUGCGACGCCCUCACCAACGGCGACCUGGAGGCGUCGGACAUCAACCUCAGCCAGAUGGACCCCGAGGAAAUUAGGGCCGAACUGAAACGAGUGUACACCCAGCUCGAAAUCCUGCGCACUAAGACCAUGAGGAAGGACAAUCCACACAUCUCCAAGAGGCGAGGAGGCAGGAAGGCCACCCACAGGAGGUUCUCCAUGCAGAGUCGCAAAGGAAGCCGAGAAAAGGGAGGAGAGGGGGAGGUGAGCAAGACCCCCGAGGAAUCAGUGUGCUCCAUCGAGGGGCCUUCAGUCCUCUCUGUCUAUGCAGACGGGCCCUCUGAGGUGGGGACGCCGUCGAUCCUCCACCGAUCCUACAAGUUAUGA